AUGGCUGAACUUAAAUGCCAAUAUAAUAAUCCAGACAACAUCUCCAGAGAGUCACUGAACAUCUACUGGCAAAAAAACGAGGAGGUUGUAUAUGCACUGGUGAGUGGAAAGGAGGCGAUGCAAUUUGUCCAUAAGAAUUACGUGAACAACACAAAGGUUCUACUAUCAAAUUACGACCUCAGAAUGUACAACAUAAGCCUCAAACAGAGUGGAGAAUAUGAAUGCAUUGUGCCUGCACUAAAAGAAUUUCGUAAUAAAAAUGUACAUAAGUCCAAAUUUCAUCUGAACGUACUUGCUAAUUUCAGUGUGCCGGAAAUCAGUUCUGAAUCCUCAUUGGUUGAACUGGAACGUAGAAGUACUGUGUCUUUGAAAUGCAGCUCAGGCCAUGGAUUCCCCAAACCACAACGCAUGUUUUGGCAACUGACUGAUGGAAAUGGAACAAAGGAGCCUAGAUACCCACAUUACAAUGUUGAAAAUAUCGGUGAAACAUUUAACAUUUCUAUUAGCUGGACACUGACGGUGGAGGAGGACAUCAACGUCACCUGUGGGCUGGAGGCCCAUCACAAAGCCGUAUCUCCAGUCCUGCAACUAAAGUUGAAAAAACCACCAGUGCCUCCUGAGUCUGACCUGAAAAUGACCAUCACCAUCAUGAUCAGUGUCGUCGUCCUAGUUUUAGUCUCGUCUUUAUCGAUUAUAUUGAUCUGUAAACAAAGCAGAUCCACUGUUCCGAUUGCAAUCAGAAUACCUCUGAUAUAA